AUGGAUGGCUUAUUACGCACACUAACACGCUCCCGCAACGCCGCGCCGUCCCCAAACCGCGGCGGCCGCGAUCGCAACCGACACAGCGGCGGGCGCGGAGGCGGAAGCGGCAACAAUCACGGCCAAAUCGAAAUCAUUCUCGAGACCCUCGCCCGAGGACUCGUUGAAUAUGCCGUUCAGAAGUAUAUGAAGAAGCUGAGCGGCGGGGGUGACGAAGACAAGAACGGAGGAGGAAGGAGAAACCACGACGACCGGCGCCUGAGCACGCGAGGCGGCAAAGACCAUGGCCAUGACGAUGACGAGCGCGCUAGGGGCGGCGUUCCGAAUAUGGAUAUGGAGAUGCUGGAGCACUUGGGCAAGAACAUUCUCUCCAAGGCUAUGGAACGCUUCGGCGGUGGUGGGGAGGAGGAUGAAGAAGACGACAGGCGCGCGGACGAGAGAACGAGUGGACGGAAACACGGCAAGGGACGAAGAGACAGCCGGGACCAUGACGCAUACUCUCGCGACCAUUCACAGGAUCGCUCUCACGGGAGACGACACGCCGGCGGCAGCAAAGACGAAGACCGCGACCGUGACCGGAGAAGACGCAAUAGCCGCGACAACGGGUACCCUCCACACCGCGGCGGCUCGCCCUCGCCGUCGAGACACCAUCGCGGUGACGACGAGACUCACCGCCGCCGCCGACGCGGAUACGGGACCGACUACGCGCCGCUCAAGGAGGAACUGGAGACGCUCUCCAAUACAAUCAUCUCGCUGAACGAGCGGCAGCCCGGACACGCCGACUGCGAGUUUUACGAUGCGUUUAUGGAGCGCUCGGGGAAGGUGCAGGAGGCUAUUGGUUCUGUCUUGGUGCAGAUUCGGGAGAGGGAGGAGAGGAGGGAGGAGAGGCGUGGUCGACGGAGGGGUUGA